ACUUGGACUUAUAUUUUCCAUUUAAGAAAAUUAUUAAAACUUCAAAGCCUUUGAGGCUGGAAGAUCAAAAGAGAGCUUAAUUAAGAGGCUUCCAUGGAGGUUACUAGUAAGUUGAUGGAUAUUGUUGUAGAUCAUGAAGAUGAUCAAAUAAUUCUUCCAGGGUUCCGAUUUCACCCGACUGACGAAGAGCUUGUUGGGUUUUAUCUUCGACGAAAGGUGGAGAAGAAACCAAUUGCCAUCGAAAUCAUCAAACAGAUUGAUAUUUACAAAUAUGAUCCAUGGGACCUCCCAAAGGUGAGCAAUGUGGGAGAUAAAGAAUGGUAUUUUUUCUGCAUAAGAGGGAGGAAGUACAGAAACAGCAUAAGACCAAACAGGGUGACAGGCUCAGGGUUUUGGAAAGCAACAGGAAUUGAUAAACCUAUUUUUUCCACUCUCAAAUUAUCAUCAAAUGAUAAUGCUAAUAACAAUAAUAAUGUUAUUGGGCUAAAGAAAUCUUUGGUUUACUAUAGAGGAAGUGCUGGUAAAGGCACCAAAACUGAUUGGAUGAUGCAUGAGUUUAGGCUUCCUUUCAACAACAACAAUAUUAUUCCUCAUGAUCAAGAUCAUAAUAAUGCUGAAGUUUGGACCUUAUGCAGAAUCUUCAAAAGAAUCCCAUCCUUCAAGAAGUAUAUUCCAACACACAAUAACAACAACAAUAAUAAUCAAACAUAUCCCAAACCUCAAAACCCUAAUAAUUCCAAUAUUAUUUUCACUUCUAAACCUAAAACCAACUUUCAAUCUCAACCUUAUUCAACUGAUAUUCAUCAUCUCAUACACCUUCAUGAAACUAAGCCAAAGCCUUUUGAACAAUUAACCAACCCUAACUUAACCCUACCCAGCUGUGCUAAUUCUUCCUUUGAAUCCUCUCCUAUAUGCCUCUCGAGCUUGUGGAACGGUGUCGAGGGCGGAGGUGGAGGAGAUGAUAACUUCACGACUAGUGGAGGUUGGGAUGAGCUUCGACCUAUCGUUCAAUUUGCCGUUGAUCCUUCUUUUCAACUAUAUGAAUGUAUAUAAACAUCGUUGUACUUUGAUGUUUAAUGUUUAGAAGUUUGAAUCUAAAUGAAACGCAAAGUUAAAUGGUACUCUGUUUGACAAUAGUUUUGAGUACUCUGUUUGACAAUAGUUUUGAGUUUAGAUUUUACAAGAGAUAUUAUAAAAAAAAAAACAAAUUAAUGCAAACUACAUAUGUAUAUGUAACUUAUUUUAAAUUUAGAGUCUUGACUCUUUAUGGACAAAAAACGUUAAAGUCUCAUUUUUUUAUGGCAAAAAACAUCAAGAAAGAGUUUUUGAUGACAUGUUUUAGUCCGAUAAACAGGUUUUCUUGAUGUUUGCCUACUUGAUGGGCUUUGAGUCUUUGACUAUCAAGGUAGACAUUUUUUGACAUGCUUUACACAUAAAAAAGGACUAAAAUUGUUGUAGUGGUUAAACCAUUGUUUAUAUCGUACUUGUUACGACUAACCAAUUCCUUAAAAUGUAAAAAAAAAAAAAAAAAAAAAAAAAUCAAACAAAAAUAUAACUACAAACACAAAAGAAACAUUUCUAGAUUUUACGUCUAAUUUAAUUGAAUUUUGGGACUAUUAGAAUUUGCUUCCUGAAUUAUUAUAAACCAACCCGUCGAAUUCACAUUUUAUCCAAUCUUCGCUCUCUAGUCCGAAGCCAACCGAUAGAAUUCCUAAUACUACAUAUAGGUAUUUUAAAAAAUUUCUAUUGAAUGAACGGUACAUGAUUCCACAUCGACAAGCACCAA